ACACGUUAUCAUGUGAAGGCGCAGUACACAGCAAUCUCAAUACGACCAGGAAGAAGAUUGGUAUGCGACGCCACCCAUACUAUACCGACAGCUAGACCUCGCACAGGUGAAGCACGGCAAACUCCAGGAAUAUUGCUCUCUCAAACACUUCAUAACGUUUUACUCGUUAUCAAAUGUUGCUAACUCGAUGAAGUACCAAACUCAACAAUGGCUGUUUAUGGAUUUUACCUACUGACGCUCCUGUUUGUACUUGGAUAUCGGUCAUGCAGUGCAUCAUCAACGUCAAUGACAACGUCAUCUUCAGCACCAUCGACAUCACCUACGACACCGACAUCACCUACAACCCAACAAAUUCCAGGGGUUGGCUACAACCAAACAUGCACAAACGAUACGGCUGACCAAUGUAUCAAUACAAAUGCAAAUGCCAGCUGUCAUGACGGUACUUGUCGGUGUGAUGUGGGUUUCUACAGGAAGGACAACAGCUGUGUCCUCAUCGACGGCCUCAAACCCACAUCUGUGAGUGUCACCGUGGACAACACAACCACAAUGACAGCAGACUGGUCAUCGCCCUCUGACACCUUUGUUACCGGGUAUGAAGUAUCUGUGACAGGCGAUGACACUCCGAUCAAUAUCACUGUUGGGAGAGACAACAGGACCACGUCCAUCACAGGCCUGACUCCGGGAAGACAGUACAACGUGUCUGUCAAGACAAAGAUCACCUACCUGCAGGGACGAGAUGAGGAGACAACCGCUGUUUCUGCGCAACCUAAAGUAACAACACCUGAUACCGUGGGUGGGCUCGGCGACAAGACCAACCUCACAGCCCCGGACAUCACCAUAGACUUCCUGAAUGCUGACGGUGAUGUCCAGUACUACCUGGUCCAACUACAGGGGAUAACUGAUGUGAGCUAUCUGCAGACAAGAAACAUCACCUCACUUGUGACGAGUACGACUUUCAAUGAAGUUGUGUCUUACCACCAGUACACUUUGACGAUAACAACGCACAGUAAUCAACAAUCAAGUAUCCCUUACACCAGCCCGAUUCGAGUAGGAGCAUCACAGGCUGAUUCUGUUGAGGAUUUGAUCCUAGCGGCGUUGACAUCACGCAAUGUUGAAGUGUCUUGGAAGCGGCCAAAGAAGACGAAUGGAGACCUCUUCGAAUACCGCCUGGAGGUGUCAAACAUAACCUGUAAACAGCUGAUUGUUUUCAACUGUACGGAAUGCAAAAGAAAUACUUCAGUGGAGGCGAGUGGAAACUGUGAAAACACAACUGUCGUCCAUAUAUCUGAAUCUGACAUCAAUAAUGACACGCAUGUAGUGAAUUACACGAUCACAGGACUCCUUCCAGACACUACGUAUGUUGCUAAGGUAGCAGCUUAUAACCAGGAGGGAAGAGGGGUGGAACGUAAUCUAUCGGAAACAACCGAUGAAGAAGCUGCUAGUGAACCUACCGCUUUUACAGCGAAAAUUAAAACCUCCGACAGCAUAACGUUAACAUGGGCACCACCUGUACCAAGACCCGGAGUUACUCACUACAACAUCAGUGUCUACGAGAAGAAUGAAACCACGAAUGUCUACGACUAUAUCGAUACCAAAGGAAUAACUGGUUAUGACCAUAACAUGUCAACAAUGAACAAUCUAUCAAGUGCCUGGGAAUACGAGUUUUUCAUCCAUGCCUUCACACAGAAAGGGGGAUCUGGAAACGUCUCAUCUGGUGUGGUGCUGACUGAAGAGUCGGCGCCAACUGAAGCCGUCCACUACAAUGUCACAAGUAUCCUAAAUGUUUACAACCGCAUCAAACUGUCCUGGGAGUGUCCUGAAAAGAAAGAUGGAAGGAACGGAAUAAUAAAAAGUUCAACUUUGAUCUACUUCCCAAACCAAACAUCUCUAAAUACCCCAAAGAGCGGGAACGAGACGUAUGAUAAUACCAACGACUGCAAAUGGGAGAAAGAAGUUGACGUCACGCCGCAGUUCUCUUACAGUUUCACGGUUUUCCUUCAAAACUCUUUUCCUGGUGCACAGUCUACUAUAAAUUACUAUAUCCCCGCGGGACCUCCAGACAUCAGUGAUGAUUCAGUGAAUGCACCAACAGCAUCAGAUUCACCGACCAGCGUCAUGCUGAACAUUUGUGGUAAAUGUCUUCGUGAUGACAAGAACGGAGAGGUCACCGAAACUGGACUUCUGGUGUGUGUGAAUCCACCGUGUGACGCUGCAAGGAAACGAAGGUCAUCAUAUGAUGAUUAUACAAACUGGCACAUAUCAAAGAAUGGAGGGUUCAAAGAACAGUACCGUACAACAAGUGACGACUGGGAUCAUCGACAGACUGACAAGGACAGCUUUGAAUAUGUUGUUGGUGAAGGAAAAUGCCAACCCGAUACAUCCACACAUUUUUGCAAUGGCCUACUACCAGAAGGCAGCACUUUACAAGUGACGCCUUUCGCGUGUACUGUAGCAGGGUGCGCUGAAGGAUCAACAGUAGAAGUCAAAACAAAACCUCUAGAUCCUAUUCCGACCAACGUUGGACUGAUUGUUGGUGGAGCUGCCGCAGCCCUCGUGUGUGUCACUGUCAUCGUUCUGCUUAUAUGGUUCAUCAGGCGUCGAAGGCAAAGUCUUCGAUCAAGUAAGGCAGACAAGAGUGAAAGACACAUAACAACGGAAGAGAAUGACAUUGGGGAUCUUAUUGCAAAGAAAAGGCCUAUCAAGAUUUCAGAGUUUGAUAGUCGUGUAGAUUGCAUGCAUAAAGACUCCAAUUUGCUGUUCUCGGAAGAAUUUGAGGAUAUUGGUACUUUAAGUCCAAAACAUACUUGCGCAGCUUCAGGAACUGAUGGCAACAGACUCAGAAACAGAUAUGUCAACAUUCUUCCAUUUGAUCACACUCGGGUGAAGCUGCGGUCCUUAGCAGAUGACGAUGAAGACGAUACGGAUUACAUCAACGCUAAUUAUAUUCCGGGUUACAACUCUCCACGCGAGUUCAUCGCCACCCAGGGCCCUAUGACCGGGACAGUGGCGGACUUCUGGAGGAUGAUAUGGGAGCAGGACGUCAACAUCAUCAUCAUGUUGUCAGACCUGCUGGAGAAGGGCAAGCCCAAGGUCGACAGGUAUUGGCCAUUAAUCAUUAACGAACCAGUGCAACAUGGAGAGAUCAUCGUGGAACUGAUAAACAACUCACCACUCAACAAAUACGACAUCAAAAUAUUCCAGAUAACGAAGGGGGAUGAAAGCCGGAAGGUCCGCCAUUACUUCCUCCCAGGCUGGCAGGACUUCGGUGCUAAUCUUACCUCCGAUAACGUCAUCAGCUUUGUCAGAGAUGUUCGGAUGACGGUUAAGCCCACGGACAAAGGUCCAAUCUGUGUUCACUGCAGCGCUGGCGUGGGGCGGACUGGGACGUACAUCUCUCUGGACGUCUUCAAGCAGGCUAUAGACGAGGAGAACUUUGACAAAGAGCUUGACGUGUUUGACUUCGUGAUGAAGAUGCGAGAAAACAGAUCCUACAUGGUCCAGACAGAGAAACAGUACAUAUUCAUCCACGACACCAUCAAUGAAAUGAUCAUCGGGAAGAAGAAGGAGAUAGCGGAGAGAGAAAACAUCUACCAGUACAGCGAUAACUAUCCAGAGGAGAAUAUCUAUGCCAACCAAGGAUAUGAACCUGACCCGGAGGACCUGUACAUGAACGUCGAACCUGGUCAACCAAUCACCGUGCUGUAGGAGACGACACAAGCCGGUAAACACGUGGAGAGAGGUCCACACCCAUGUUUGUACAGGAAAGGUCGUCCAAGGUUGCUACUAUUCCAGUGUUCUACAGUUCACUGAUGGAUGUAAUACAUGACAUCUGAGUACCACAUGCACAUUCUGUUUAGUGCUACAACAGCACGAUGAUAGUCACAACCUUGAUAUUAGACAACGUUAUGUCUUUGUUUCUUCCAACAAUUAUUGUAACACUAUAUAAGUGAUAAAAUGUUCACGCAGUCUUUCAAGACUAUUUUACUAGGCUUGUCUUCAAGUGUUUAUAAUGUGAUAAAUCAUUACAUCUGUUUUGUAAUACCACAACCAAUGAACAACGAGACGAACAUUUUAUUAACUGUCCUGGUAUAUAUAGCUUUUAAGAUGACGGGAUUUGCAUUACGUAUUCAGAAUGAGUCAAUUCCUUAAUUGGGAAAUUUUCAAGUUUUUUUUAAUAAGUAAACAAUAGAGUACAAGGUGUGAUAAGGUGACAUUGUGGCUCAUGUGACAUGAUUAAUUUAAGAUAUGUGAAUACUUUUGACAAAUCAUUGUGAAACUUUUGAGAUACAUUCAUAUGAAUUACACGACAAAUGAAUGUUUAUCAACGCCACGUGCAUGGAAAAGAUUAAGAUCAUCAGACAGGCUGAUUUGUGAGAUAUUUCAAAUGUGCCUCUGCUAUUUUUGGACAUACGCAAGUCUUAAGGGAUAGAGAUAAAAACAAUACAAAACAUUUAUCAAACUUUAUUUUUGGCCAAUGCCCCUUCAGUAAAUUUGACCUUGAUCACUCAUUUUAGCCAUAAUCAGGUAUUUUAAGUCCACAAUUUGCAAGUAUAGGAAUAUUUCUCGCGUUCUAAUUUGACAGUGUGGCAAAAAGUGCCCUUAAUGUAGCUUGUCCGUCAUGUCAGUGUAUGGGAGUCGGCCAGGCUUUACACUCACUACAUCACUCAUGCACAUACACACGUAUUACCGCGACGCUCACUCUAAAUGGAUUAUAUAUUUCUCGUUGAUUGAUCUGAAAGACAUGUGUACUGUAUUGGUAUCUACAGAUGUCAGAUGGUGUCAAGUCCUCAUACCAGCACAUGCACGAAUGUUAUUUUGUUAUUUGUUGAAGUAUUUCCACUGACAUUCAAUGCGUAGAUGUACAAUAUUGUUUAAGACAUGUAUCAAUAUUUUCAUCUUAUUUUGAGCGAAAUACUUAAAGGAAAGGACUAAUAUAUUUUCAAAACCGCACCAAAAACUAAUGAUUGAUUGAUUAAGCCGUUCACUGAAGCGGUUGUGUUGUUGAUGGGGUUUUUCAAUUUGUUUGUUUGGAUUCCCUAUAUCCUCCUUGGGUGCCACAAUAUAGUGCUAACUUAACAUUAAUGUUCAAAGAUCAAAUGAUGAACUUGUUUCAGAUUAGAUGUUAUUUGUUGAGAUAUGUAUCAAUGUGAUAGUUUUAAAAGUGCCAUAAUAUUGUUGUAUCAAAUAUACUUGUAAUAGAACUUUUGUUAUUGUGAAUAAAAAUAUAUUUUGAUAGAAA